AUGGGGAACAGCCACUGUGUCCCUCAGGCUCCUAGGAGGCUCCGAGCCUCCUUUUCCAGAAAGCCCUCGCUGAAGGGAAAUAGAGAGGACGGCGCCCGGAAGCUGGUCGGCCUGUUUGGCACUGAGGCCAGUCCGGAUGGGGGCACCACUGCCGACAAGAUCUUCCGCCUCAUCCCUGGAACGAGCAUCCCGAGCCUGGAGAGCCAGCAAGAAAACCUGGAGCAGCCUUUCCUGAGUGUGUUCAAGGCAGGGCAGCGGAGGGCGCCCGUGAGGAGCCUGGGCACGGUUGUGCACUACACCAAGGUCCAGCUGCGUUUCCAGCACAGCCAGGACAUCAGCGACUGCUACCUGGAGCUCUUCCCCUCCCACCUCUACUUCCAGGCCCAUGGUUCCGAAGGACUCACUUUCCAGGGCCUGUUACCACUGAUGGAGCUGAGUGUCUGCCCGCUCGAGGGAUCCAGAGAGCACGCCUUCCAGAUCACAGGCCCGCUGCCCGCCCCGCUUCUCGUGCUCUGCCCCAGCCAGGCUGAGCUGGACCGCUGGCUCUACCACCUGGAGAAGCAGAUAGCCCUCGUGGGAGGGGUGCCGCGCCGCCACCCAGCACCACCGCAGGGCCCCCCUGAGAACGAGCUCCCCUGGACUCUGCAGCGCAGGCUGACCCCGCUGCGGACAGCAUCAGGGCUCCAGGUAGUGGGCACCGCCAUCUGCGCCUCAAGGGUCAAGCUGCAGCAUCUGCCCUCACAGGAGCAGUGGGACCGGCUCCUGGUCCUGUACCCGACCUCCCUGGCCAUUUUCUCCGAGGAAGCAGAUGGGCUUUGCUUUAAGGGGGAGCUUCCACUCAGCGCCAUCCACAUCAACCCAGACGAGACGGAGAAACAGAUCCGCUCUUUCCUGAUCGAAGGCCGUCUCAUCAACACCAUCCGUGUGGUGUGUGCCAGCUACGAGGAUUAUGGCCACUGGCUGCUCUGCCUGCAGUCGGCCUGCCGCGGGGACAGGGCCUCCCCACUGCCCGGCCCCGAGAGCUUCCCGGGGCUGCAGGCUGUGGGCGGUGGCCGAGGCUCACUCUCCUCUGACGGACGGACCAGCUGGGACUCGGGGUGCCCAGCACCCGCCUCCAACCGCACCAGCCACUCCACGCCUGAGUCCACCGGAGGCUGCCCUGCCCGGCCCGCACCGGUUGAGAGGUUGAGGCUGGAGGAUGGCCCUGAGGCCCCAGACUACUCUCUGGAGACACCACACUCCCCGCUGUACGCUGACCCCUACACACCACCUGCUACUUCCCACCGCAGGGUCACAGACGUCCAGGACCUGGACAAGUUCCUCAGUGCGAUGCAGAGCUCGCUCGGACCUGAGCCCUCGAGCCCAUUCCCCUUGGUCCCCGUGUCCGUGCCUGUCUCUGACCCCAGCUCUGGAUUCUCCGGCCCCCACUUGCUCUCCGAGAAGGGAGUCCCGCAGGCCCGAGCCUCUCAGCGGCAUCGCAGCUCCAUCAAGGGCCGGGGGUCCCGGCCCCCAGGCUCCCCUCAGCUUGUGUCUCCUGCGACGGAAGUUGCGCCCGAACCCCCGCCACCUCCCCCAGACGGCCGCCCCGCAAGGAGCUACGACAGCGUCUGGGACAAAGCUCUGUCACCUUCCCACCAGCGGUGGCCUCGAGGAGCACCAGAGGCUGAAGGCGGGCUCGUCCAGUGGAUCUGA